AUGUCUAAACUUCGCCCUAUUCCUGCAUCUAGACACGCGGAUCCAAGAUUUUUUGUUUUUAAAGACCUAAAGACAGCAAGUCAUAUUUUCUUAAGAGGCGACUCAAUUCGACGACUUCUGCAACCACCAUAUACUGGACCAUACCAGAUUAUAGACAGGGCUAGUGAUGGCAACAAAUUUUCUCAAAAUAGAUCUCGGCUCCCACAACAUGUUGAUGGAAUAUAUGAACCCAAACAAAUCGCUGCCGUGUUUGCAAAAAAAAAAGUCGAGCUUAUAGAGGAAAUUCAGAAUGAAAAUGACUCCUUCUCUUUGGAACAGGAAAACAUACAGUUUCUACGUAAGACG